AUGGACUCGUCCAUGACCUCCAUAACCUCCCUCGCCUCCUCUGACCGCAACCCUCCCUUUCGCUUCUUCGACCUCCCCAGCGAGCUGCGUGUGCGCAUCUACGACCUGUGCCUCGUCGUCCCCAAGACCAUCGACCUCGAUCCCACGAACCACCGCCGCAUCGCUCCCCGCCUCGCGCUCUUCCUGACCUGCCACCGCAUGCACGAAGAAGCCUACCGCGUCUUCUACGGCAACAACACCUUCCGUCUGUUCCCAAUCCAUGGACGCUUCUUCCACACCAAACGGCCUCUCCUCUCGCGUCUGCCGCCACGGUAUCGCGCGGCUAUACAAAGGGUCGAGCUGCGGCUGGGGCCAGGAUGGACCGCGCCACCGGGGAGCUGGAAAGUCAGCCCGCGGCUUGGUCUCAGCGACACAACGGUGCUGCGGAUGCUCAAAGUCUUCGUAGAGUGCGAUCCGGCCUCCGACGACAUAUUCCGCGGCUUCAGGAAGAAUGAGGAUUUCUACACGCACUUCUGCCGGAACCUGCUCAGCGAGAUCGCGGUACAAGUGCCAUCGCUGGAGGUAGUGCAGUUUGAUGGGUAUCCGUCUGUGUCGAAGGACUCACCGCUGAUGCGGGAGCUGUUGAAAGAGGCAAGGAAUCGGGGGAAGAGGACGACGUGGGGACCGGAGAGGGGAUGGGCGGAGGAUGGGGGGGACUUUGCUAUGGGACUUAUCAAGAUGAUGGGGAUGCUCACAAUCUGA